AUGGUAAAAUACAGGUUCAACAUGUGUAAUCAAAGGGCUGUAGUUGUCAGCUUCAAGCAUUCCCCCAAGAAAAACACACUUAAUCCGCCUUCUCCAGCCAAAGCCGCUGCCUCUCGACGUGUUGCUUCUCGCAUGAAAGGCAGCCCACUCUGGCGUUUUGAACAGCUCUUGGAGAACCGUCACAAGCUCACCAUCCUUGGUAUCCUCCACGAGUGUGCUGGAGUUAUCGAAGACUACAUCUACAAGAACGACACUCCUAGAGGGAAACGAAAAAGGGAGGAGUCUUGGCCACCCUUUGGGCGCACAACGAAAAUUGUCGAGUCUGCCGAGGAAUUUCGGAGAAUAUUGUUCAAAGGAGUGUUGAUUAUCUAUGUUCAGAUGAUCAUCGCUGAGUGGAAGCAAAAGGUCUCACCCGCGAUCGCUGAAAUGACAGAUUCCAGCAUUGUUCUGGCAUUCGUUUUCUAUGCCGCCGGGGAUGUGCUCAUGAUGUGCCUAGGACGCUGGGUUAGGUUUUACUUUGUUAAAUUGUUGAAGCAGACGGUUGACGACUUUGCCAAAGGUUUUAACAACCCCAGUGCACCAUUUUUCAACACCUUCAUCUUCCGCGCCACGGUAACGGUUCUCGCGAUCCAUAUGUUCCAUGGGAAAUUCGAGCCCGUCGACUGGUGCUACUUCUUAUACAAUCAGGGACCUGACUACAUCUACUGGUACUACAGAAACACAAUCUUCGCUGUUGGGUGGUUGUUUGGUAAAAAGCUGAUGGGCCACGUUUUGGGGGCCCUUGAUGCAUUUCUUUAA